AUGCUUUGGGUAUCAAAUCCCAGAGCAAAAAGUAAUUUUGGACAAGCGGGGAGCCCCGGUGGUUGGGUGGUCCGUCACGACCAGCAGGCCCAUUCCGGGCAAGGUUCCGAGGAAGGUUGCCCAAAAGGGGAGUACGUCAGGGAGGCAGGCCAAUCAGUCUCCCCGGAGAACACGCUCUUCGAAGGUUCAUCAACUUCAUCCUCGGAAGAGGAGGGGAAUUCUUCCCCAGCUGUAAAGGUUCUUCCCCGAGAUCCUCGGACGAGCCCUUCCUUCCCCGGUUCGGGUGCCCGUUCGCCUCCCAUUUCUUUUGAAGACGUCACCGAAGACGUGGCCACCGCUGCAACCAUCAAGGUGGUAGAGCACUCUCCUACUUCUCCAAGUGAUCCCAACCCUCCUCCCCAACCUGCAGAAGAUCCGGUUAUUCAAUCUGAGGCGCCCCUGCCUCAGCAGAAAGGGAAGAGGGUCGCUCCGGGGGCCGACGAAGGCCCCGAAUCCAAAAAACUUCGAGCUCAACGGGAUAGCAGUUUUAUGCUUGGCCGGAUAUUGGCCAUGGCCAAAGUUUACACUCCUCCUGGCAACCAGAAUCCUCCAACCACUGCCUCCCUUCCCACACUUACCACGUCGGUGACUUCUCCGGUCGAACCUGUGGUCCACCCGGGGGCUGAAGCGAGCCCCGGAGUUAAUGUUGUUGGGGGAGACGAAAUUCCUCGCAGGGGGUCACCAAUUCAAUCACCACUGAGGGAGGAGCCGGAUACUUUCUCUCAGGAAUUCAACAAACUGCAAGAAGAGGUGGCCUCCGAAAGGGAGGCGCUUGGGCAGGCCUCUCCAACGCCCACUUUUUCCAUCAGACCUGAGUCUUCAACUCCAAUUCCGGUCCCCACAUCGCCCCAAGCUUCUACCUCCAUUCUCCCUUCCGAUUCUGCGACUGCUGGGCGACGACAGGACUUUCAGAUCCACGGGCUGGCAGGAUGUCCCCUGGAAGCUCUGAGCUCCUUAGUCACCCCGGACUACAGCCCCCUGUUCGGGGAGCUCCCAGUGGAGGGCUAUGCCGAGCAGCUUACCGGAAAGAUUCUUCAGUUCGCCGUGGACAUUGCCGCAUCCUGGAGGAGUCUUCGGGAACCCGAGCAAGACCAACGCGAGGCCAUUCAGUCCUUACAGGCUCGGGUAAAGGAGUUGGAAGAGGAAUCCCAGGGGCAGAGGAGAGCUUUGGCCGAGUCCGAGAAGCACCGGCUAAGGCUCCAAAAACUAUCCGAACUCCGGGAAAGCACACUACAGAGCACUUUGACCAGCUGCGAGAGAAUGGUCCACGACAUGGAGAUCUUCGAGAGCAAUCUAUCCGGAGCCCAAACUCGGCUAAAAGAUGCUCUUUCCGAGAAGGCCAAACUCGAGGCCACAUUGGGGGUAGAGCUUCAGUCUUCUGGCUCCUUGCGGGCAACUGUCCAAUCCCUACAAGCCAAGAAUUCGGAGUUGAAAUCCGAGCUGCAAUCAACUCGAGCGGCGAAAAACCAAGCCUUGAUCGACAAUGAAAAGCUUGCCGAGGAAAGAAAUCAAGCAUUGUCCGAAAAGGGGAUAGCACUCACUGCUAGGGACAGGACUAGUGCGUACCAGGAAAGGAGAGAAGCGGUGGAGAGGAUGGAAGAGCUCCACCUUCAAGUGGUUGAGCUUACCAGGGAGCUUUCCCAGGUCCCGGAGCUCCGAGAUACAUCAUGGGCCGUAGGCUUCAAUUGGGGCUUCGAACACUUAAGGGGCGUUGCCAGAAGUGCCCCUCCCGGCGACGAGUCCUUCAAGGAUCUCGACAUCAGCACCAUCCAGAUCCCGGACGAGGCCUUGGAGACCAUGGCCAAGCUAGGGGUCGAUCAAUUCCCUCAUGUAACCGAUUGGAGCCCGAAGACCUCUAAACCCGCUCCGGCCAGAAACUCAGAGUCGGGGUCCACUUCCUCUUCAUCUGGAGAAGGGGCUCCUUCCUCCAGUCGCGCCCCCGGCAACCCCUGA